AUGUGGAUGAUAUACAUACUACUAAUUGUAAUCAAAAUUGCCACAGCUGGCAAAGAUUGUAAAACUGAUAAUGAUUGCGAGAAACGAUGGCCGGGUGCAACAUGCCGAAAUGGUCGAUGUUCCUGUCCACUUGAUAGCAUCAGAAGAAAAAGUGAAUCAUAUGGUUGGAUAUGCUUAUCAUUAAUUGAUGCGAGUACGGGAAUGCUUGGUCCACCAAUCACAUGUCCACUUCCAUUUGGUACUGGCUAUCACAGUAUCCUAAACUUAAACAAUACUCCUGUAUUUUGUGCUACUGUAAGGAAAGAAAGCUGUCCUAAAGGAUAUGAAUGUAUUCGAUCCAUUGGACUAAGCAUAUCACAAGCUGAUAAUGGUGUUUGCUGCCCUCGAAGAGAAAUAGUUUGUCAACAACCAGCUUGCGAAUCACCUGAUGGAUGGCUUCUUCGCUGGUUCUUUGACGGAGAAACGUGUAGACCAUUCCGAUGGAAUCCAGAAGUUCAAGCAAAUGCUAAUAAUUUUCUUACGAAAACUCACUGCCACUCGUACUGUAUACAAUAUAUUAACAGUUUGGGAUCAUAA